AUGCUCCAAAACGACCCAUCGAACCCCGUGAACUAUCCUAUCCAGCCGAUCCCGCCAGCCACCUCGGCCAGGAUCCCGAAGGAUCAGCAGGAACUGGUCCCUGUGGCUUCUGCGAUCACAAAACGAAAGUACUCAACCUCCAUCGACCCCCGCAACUAUCUGACGGUGUUUGAAUACAAGAUCAACGAUUCUUGGAUCAUAUGGGACUACUAUUCCGGCUUGGUUCACCUGACCGGCCUUUGGAAAGCCAUCGGUAAUUCCAAGGCAGAUAUUGUGAAACUCAUCGACUCCUCGCCCGAGCUUGAGCCGGAUCUCAAACGGGUCCGUGGAGGCUUUUUGAAGAUCCAGGGCACCUGGAUUCCGUUCGAAAUAGCCCGUAAGCUGGCUUCUCGGUUUUGUUACAAGAUCAGGUACGCGUUAGUGCCGAUGUUCGGUGAAUCCUUUGUCGACGAGUGUUUGAAACCGUACGAGAAAGGUUUCGGAAUGUUGCGUUUGAAAGUCAGUGACGAAGAACUCAAGAAGAAGAGAAGUAUCCGGCACAAGAGAACCACUUCGAACGGCUCGAUCUCGACCGCGGCAGCCAAGGUCGGCAAAAAGCCACGGUCCUCGUCUCAGGAUAUCGGGUAUCAGAAACUGUUACCCCCUCUCUCGCCAGACAUCAUUUCUCGAUACCAAGCUCCGAAAUCCGAGUUCUUCUCUUCUACUAACCAGCCCGUGCCCACUCCGAGAGUGUUUAAGAUGGAACCUAUCCAGCCCAAGGCAGACGGCCUCCUGUCAGUGUUGCGGGCCGCCCAGAACUUGGACGCCAAUCCUUUCUACGCCUCCACUGCACUCCGACCAUCCUCCACGCCGCUGUCGUCCUCGUCCACGACGUACUCGUCAUCCUCCUCGGUUUCUUCUGCGGAAUUCCCGAUCAGUCCUAUCGCCUCCUCAGCUUCGCUCAUGCAAUCGCAGUAUCAGUAUCAAUAUCCUCCUCGGGCCCUUGAAACUUCUUUCCGCUCCAAGCUAGAAGCUCCAGCAGCCUCCGAAACUGAUAUAAAGCGAAAAAUGAGUAUCAGCGAUCUACUUAUAUAA